AUGGAUCAGAAGGACGCAGUCACAUCCUCGGAUCUCAACCUUGAGAGUACCUUGACGGAAACAAGCAAACACAAUGGGGAGAUGUUCAAGAGGAUUGAGUUGAAGCAGGAUCGCUUUAGUACAUUGAGCGUGAUUGGCAUUCAGUUCUCGAUAACCGCCGCCCCAAUAGGGAUUUUGUUAUAUUCAGGCCUGGUCACUGGUUUUGGAGGUACUUCUUACUUCUUCUGGUGUUUCCUUACCUCUAUGGUCGGUCAGAUUGCCGUCGCGACCAGUCUGGCUGAGAUUGCUGCGUUUUUGCCUCAUGCAUCAGGUCAAAUCUUCUGGGCAGGUUCAUUGGCCCCAGUCAGCUAUGCUCGAUUCAUAAGCUACGUGGUCGGCACCUUGACGACACUUGGAUGGACGCUAGGCGCUGCAGGGGCAGCGGUAUACAGCGCAAACUUUUAUAUCGCCUUCGGAAUGGUGGUCACCGACACGUUUGUGCCCCAGAUUUACCAAAUCUACGUUCUUUCCGUUGCGACGUUGAUCAUCGCUGCGCUCCUCAAUACAGUCGGCGUGCGCCUUCUCCCUGGAAUCAACAAGGCCAUGGUGGUCUUCCUGAAUUGUGCAGGAUUUUAUGUCUUUGUUGUGUUGCUCGCAAAAACUUCGCCCAAAAACUCGGCACACGACGCAUUUCUUCAUGUGACCAACGAAACUGGAUGGUCCUCCGAUGGCUUCGUGUUCCUCCUCGGGUUUCUCCCAGGCCUUCUUACCAUGUCAGUCCCAGACGCUGCGUCCCACAUGGCGGAAGAGGUCCCGGUCCCGGAGCGGACGAUCCCACUGGUCAUGUUUGCCACCACAUGUCUCAAUGCCUUCGCCGGUCUCAUCAUGGUGAUCGCGAUUAUCUUCUGUACCGUUCAUCCUGAAAAUCUACUGGACCCUCUCGGCCACCAGGCGGCCUUACAGGUAGCCGUAGAUUCUUGGAACAACAAAGGAUGGGUGGUCACCGUUGCUGCAAUCAUGAUCAUCGUCAACAGCAAUGCUACCUCGGCUCUCUUGACGGGCGCAAGUCGUUUGCUGUGGGCCUUUGCGAAGACUGGUGGGCUUCCAGCCGGACGCAUCUUUGGGCGUACGAACAAGAGGCUGCAAUUGCCUGUCGUUGCCGUCGUUGCUUGCUCCACGCUUGCCGGUUUACUUUCUCUCCUGGUUUUCGGUCCAUACACGGUUCUCAACGGCAUAUUUGGCAGCUCGAUCCUUUGCUUGAAUGUUACGUACUGGGUGCCAAUUUUCUUCGUGCUGCGAAAGAAUCGGAAAACACUCCCAGAGAAACGAACAUUCAACCUUGGGCGAGCAGGCCCUUUCAUCAACAUCUUGGCCCUGGCUUGGUUGACUUUAACUGAGGUUACCCUGUCCCUUCCAAGCUACUAUCCGGUGACAGCCAGCGGUAUGAAUUGGUCACCUGUUGUGUUCAUCGGGUUCCUGAUCGCCAUCAUGGGUAACUGGUUCGUGGUCAGAGGCGGCUACCAGAUGCCAAAUCCUAUUUAUGUAGAGCGGUUGCAUGCUCACUGAGCAAGUAUGGCAAAGGUUGUGAGCCAGUAUCAUUCUCAAAACGAUACUGAGGCUAUCCAAAAUACUCUUGAUGGAGUCAGAGUGGGAUGAAGCGGACGGGUUGUGUUCUGCGUGACUUUUGACGGCGGUGACAUUCUUCUGAGGUG